ACUGUGCUGUGUGCUGUGGUCUAUGGUUGUGCUACGCAAAAUUGUGAAUCUAACCUAACCUAGAUCUUUUUAUUAUAAUUUCUCAGUAACCACUGUAGAAUUAUAUUUACUACACGUGGGAUUUUAGUAAGUAGCAUUGCAAUAUAUUUUUUUAUAAUGGGUAGGAAAGCGAAGUUUAAUGAUGGAGUGCUUGUUAAAAAGGGACCUGGUAAGAAAGCGAAAAAACAAAAGGAUCCAGUUUUUCCAAAAAACUUGAGAGAAAGUGAUACAGAAAAGACUAAGUUAAGCCGUCGUCAAAGACUUAGAGCAAGGAAACGUUUGCAACAAAAUAAAGUACGACAAAGACAGAUUACUUCUAAGACAAAUGGAAGGAAAAAUGAUAUACCGCCUAAAGGCAGUGAAGAAUCAGAAAUUGAAUCCGAGGAUGAUUUGAAUGAGAGUGAAAGUGAACAGGAGGAAAUUAUUAGACCCAGUAAGGGAUAUUCUGAUGAUAAUAAACUAUGGUUGAAACCUAAACAAGAUACGCUUGAAGAAGAUAGUAGCAGUGAAGAAUUAAUUAAUGAAGGAGAAAAUGAAGAUGGAGAAGAAUAUUCUGAAAAUGACAGUGAAAAUGAUGACAAUGAAUUUGUUGCGGAAGAAAACUUGAAAGUUGGAAAUUUAAAUGAUAUCUCAGAUGACGAUUCUGAAGAACAAGAUGAAUUUGAGUCUGGCGAUGAGAAAGAAAGUGAUGAAGAUCAGGAAGAAGACCUGUUGCCUAUUGAAAAAGAAAAUAUAAAACUGAAGAAAAAGCAAGCUAAAGAACAAAAAUUAGCUGAGGAAGAAAUGCAACUUAACAUAGCAAACCAGGAAGUUUUUGCUUUCCCUAAAAAGUCAGAUGAAGAGGUGCAAAGCUUACAAGAUGUUCAACAACGAAUACGAGAGGUUAUUGCAGUUUUAACAGAUUUUAAUAAACUUAGAGAUAAAAAUCAUUCCCGUUCUGAAUACUUGGAUAUUUUAAAGAAAGACUUGUGUACUUAUUACAGUUACAAUGAAUUUUUAAUGGUGAAAUUCAUGCAAUUAUUUCCACUUUCUGAAUUAUUAGAAUUUCUUGAGGCGAGUGAAGUUCAACGCCCUUUAACUAUUAGAACUAAUAGUCUCAAAACUCGCAGGAGAGAUUUAGCUCAAGCUUUGAUAAAUAGAGGCGUUAACUUGGACCCAAUUGGAAAGUGGAGCAAAGUGGGUUUAGUUAUCUAUUCCUCCCAGGUUCCAGUAGGUGCUACACCAGAGUAUCUUGCGGGACAUUACAUUAUCCAAGGUGCUUCAAGUCUAUUGCCAGUUAUGGCUCUGGCGCCUCAGGAAAAUGAAAGAAUAUUAGAUAUGUCGGCAGCUCCUGGUGGAAAAGCCUCUCACAUUGCUGCUAUCAUGAAAAACACAGGCAUGUUAUUUGCAAAUGAUAUCAGUAAGGAUCGUAUUAAAGCAGUAGUUGGCAACUUCCACCGUUUAGGAGUCGUAAAUUCUGUAAUCACUAGCAUGGAUGGUCGUAAAUACCCAAAAGUUAUGACUGGAUUCGAUAGAGUUUUGCUUGAUGCCCCUUGCACAGGCACUGGAGUUGUUGCUAAAGAUCAGAGUGUUAAAACGAGCAAGGAUGAGCAGGACAUUCAGAGAUGCUAUAAUUUGCAACGACAGUUAUUAUUGGCCGCUAUAGACUGUGUUAAUGCUAAAUCUGCGUCUGGAGGAUAUGUUGUGUAUUCGACAUGUUCCAUUUUACCGGAAGAAAAUGAGUGGGUCAUUGAUUAUGCCUUGAAGAAGCGCAAUGUCAAAUUGGUGGAUACUGGUCUUGAAUUUGGAACCGAAGGCUUUGUAAAUUAUCGUCAAUAUAGAUUCCAUCCCACAUUAAAACUAACAAAGAGAUUUUAUCCACAUUCACACAAUAUGGACGGAUUCUUCGUAGCCAAACUAAGGAAAUUUUCUAACCUUAUCCCUAAAUCUGUAGACAACGAUGAGGUAUCAGAAGAAACUAUGGAUGAGGACAAGAAAUUAAAAGAAGAAAAUACACUAGAAGAGUCCCCAAAAAAUAAAAAGUCGAAUGAAAAUAUAAAAAACAGCAGCAAUAAAAUUAGACAGAAAUCAAAAAAAAUAAAUGAGUCAACUUCAGAACAGGAUAAGAAGAAAUCUGAUGAGGGUUGUGUAUCUGUACCUACUAGGAAGAAAAAACUUGUUAGCGACCAAAAUAGUGCCAAUAAAAAUAAGCGAAAAAUGAAGCAAACUAUUGAAUCUAAUGAGGAAAGUAUAUCAGAAGUACCUAUUAAAAAGAAAAAAGUAAGUGAAAAUGUAAAUAAAAACUCAACCGAAAUCCUAAACACUGGUAAUAAAAGAAUUAAACAGAAGAAAAGAAUUUUGGAAGAGGGUAAGAAGAAAUUAAAGGUUUCUCUAAAAAAUAAAAACAGUAAUGUUAGUAAAAAUAAACAGAAAGCAACACGGAAAUAAAUAAGACUUAUUUUUUUGUAUUAAAUGUUUAAAAACUGUUUCUCAUAAUAAAUUUCUUAAAUUUA